CGCAGCUCCACUCUCAACUCAAACUGAUUUCUCUUGAUUAUAUCCUGCCAAACUCCGUGUUUUUUCUCCUCAUAUUUUCAGCCCACAGCUCCUCUGCGUAAAGGUGACCGCCGGGUGAAAUCAGCAGAGAGACUCAAAGGGACGAGAGUCAUCCUCAUAUUGGAAUUACCUGCCGAGCUGAACACAUAGAAGUCGGAGUUCAUGCCGGAUUUCGAGCACUUCAGAUUUUCCUACUCGAGUAUGAAUCCGGUUCUGGGGGAGAACGGCUUCCUGGCCCCGCAGCAGCACCACCACCACAUGACGGGCCAGACCGACUCCGCCAUCCCAGAACCGGGCUACUUCUUAGGGGAUCACGCUGGGUUUGGGCCCGAUGGGUUGUCCGGGCUGGACCUGGGCGCCCUGCCACCAUCGGGCCUCGCCUACUUGCACCUGAGCAGCCCGUUGCACCGGGUCCCUCCUGCGGCCACGGCGCUGCGCAACGACCUGGGCUCCAACAUCAGCGUGCUGAAGACCCUGAACCUGCGCUUCCGCUGCUUUCUGGCUAAAGUGCAUGAGCUGGAGCGCAGGAACAAGGUGUUGGAGAAGCAGCUGCAGCAGGCCCUGGAGGGGAACAGCGGAGGGGAGGGACACCAGAGGCCCCUGACUAAAGAGAUGGGGGUGCAGACUGGAUUUAUAGGGCCUAUCCCAUCCAGACCGGGCCUCAUCCCGCUCCAUAACGCCAAUAACUCGGCUUACCUCCCUGGUGGCCUCCUCUCCCCAACUCUAAACCCUCCUCCUUUCUAUGACAACAAACACCUGCUGGGGAACAACCUGAACCCCUUCACGGAUUCAAACUCCAACCUCACCACCUCCAGUUACUCCAUCAGCCCCGCGCUGAGCCCCUGCGACCCCUGCAGACCCAUCAUCACCAACAACAUCAACGAGAAAUACACAGAUCACACCACCGGGACUAACACCAACAACAGCCCUCUUCCUCCUCCACCUCCUCCUCCUCCUCGCUUCCAGCCCGGGACUAUCUGGUCCUUCAACCACACCCGCAGGUUUGGCACCGGGAGGGAGUCGUGCGUCACGGGCCCAGGAGUGUCCUGGACUCACCCGGACGGUGUCGGGGUGCAGAUCGACACCAUCACACCCGAAAUCAGGGCUUUGUACAACGUGCUGGCCAAAGUGAAGAGAGAGAGAGACGAGUACAAGAGAAGGAUCUGCAGGAGAGCGAGGUGUGUCAGGAUGAGCUCGCUCUCAGGGUGAAGCAGCUGAAGGCCGAGCUCGUUCUCUUUAAAGGACUCGUCAGCAACAACCUGUCAGAUCUGGACAGUAAGAUCCAGGAAAAGGCCAUGAAGGUGGACAUGGACAUCUGCCGCCGCAUCGACAUCACCGCCCGCCUCUGUGACGUCGCCCAGCAGAGGAACUGUGAGGAGAUGAUUAACAUCUUCCAGGUGGCGACGCCCCCCUCCACUCUGAACCGCCGGGCCCGUAAACAGAGCGGCCAGUCUGCGAAGAACGGGGACGGAGACGAUAUGAGCAUGUCUGAGAGCGAGGGAGGCGGGGCUAAAGACGAGGAGUCCUGCAGCACGUCGGCCAAUCAGAUCAACGAGCAGAUGCAGAGGGUGCUCAAUCAGCUGGAGUGCGAGUUUGAGGACGAUUGUGACAGUUUGGCCUGGGAGGAAACAGAGGAAACUCUUCUUCUCUGGGAGGAUUUUCCUGGAUACUCACUGGACACACCGGGAGAUCUGCUGCAUCAUGACGAGUCCAUCGAGAAGGUGAUAAAUGACACAGAGUGUCUGUUCAAAUCCAGAGAGAAGGAAUAUCAGGAAACCAUCGGCCAGAUAGAGCUGGACUUGGCCACGGCUAAGAGUGACAUGAACCGUCACCUGCACGAGUACAUGGAGAUGUGUUCGAUGAAGAGAGGCCUGGACGUCCAGAUGGAGACGUGCAGGAGACUCAUCACGGAGAGCGGAGACAGGAAGUCGACCUCUCUCGUCCCGCUGACGGUGGAAGACUCCGACAGCGAUGAGAAGGAGAGGAAGAAGCCGGCUCUCCCCACCGACUCCGACAACAACUCUUACUUCGACGCCAAUGCCGCCAACGCCGCCAUCCCUCCUCUGACCUGGAGGAAACCUUAACACACACACAAACACACACACACACACACACACACACACACACACACACACACACACACACACACACACACACACACACACACACACACACACACACACACACACUUAUCCUGCUGGUACUCACACCUACUACACUCUUGUUUUCCCCUCUAAUGCUGUCUUCAUCAUCUGGAGCCUGAAAUUAGAGGAGAAAACUAAUUAAGUUGUGUAAAACUGAUCUUAACCUCCUGAGACCUGAGCUUUUGUUUUGUAUGCAGAUAUUUGGGAUUAGUAGGACCUGAUAAGUACAAUAACUAAGCAUCGUCUUUGAACAGGAAGUAGUUUUUCAUGGGGAACAGUGGUUUUAUUUUACUGUAUAACAAUAAAUUCACCAGUGUAUAAAACUACUUCCUUACAUUUACACCUUCCCAACAUCCACAAACGAGUACUUUCUGAUUAGCCGUGUUGUAGCUUGUUGCUAAAAUUAGUUACAUUUGUACAACAUAUCAAACUACAAUCAUUAUAAAGCAUAAAUAAACAAGUUUAAACCAUAAAAUUUGAUCAGGUUUCGUACCUGGUUAACUUUUAUAUGGGAAUCGGCUGUUGAUUGACUCAGCCGAGAUACUCUCCAUCCCGUUUUUACUCAUUUUUACACUGUAAUGUGCUUUUAUGACCACUAGGUGGCACAAAAAAAGUGUUAAUGAAAAAGGACAACAGGUCAAAGUUCAGCAGAAUGAAGUAUAAAAUCCAGCAAACCCAAAAUGACUGGGGUGUCAAACUCAUUUUCAUUCAAGGGCUACAUACAACCCAAUUUAAUCUCAAGUGGGCCAGACAAGUAAAACCAUUACAUAAUAACAUACAAAUAAUAUAUAAUAUAUAUAUUAUAACUUUACUAUAAUAAACCAUCUAUUUACUUAAGGAGGAGUGCAAUUUUAACAAUAUUGUCUGUAUUUUUGUGAUUAUUUUGCACGGAAGCUGCUGAUUGAUAACAUUUUGCACAAUAAUUAUUUAAAUAAAUGGUCACAAUGUGAAUUAAUAUAUAUAUUUUUAAUAAUAUAUGUAUGUAUUGCUUUUUCAGAGGAUUGUAUUCAUAAUCAAGGUGGAGAAAAACAAAUGUCUGAAGCAGCAGAAAAAUUGGAAUUACUUCUGCGGCCGGAUUGGACCCCUUGGCGGGUCGAUUUUGGCCUGCGGGCCUUAUGUUUGACAUCCCUGCCAUAUGAGGACGCUGGGUCGCAGGAGGUUAAAGAAGUCGACCAAACCAGUAGGAAUCUUUACGCUUCUCUGUUAGCAGCGGGUCUGAUGUUGUUUGAUCAUUUUCAGCAGCUAUAAACUCAUUAAACAUGACGGCAGGUGAAUUAGAGCAAACAAAAAAGGAGAAACUUCAAGUCUGUUUCAGGCGGCAGGAAAAGUUACACCAAAUGAAUAAAAUCCAUAAUUUGCUUGCAAAGCUUGAGAGAAAUGAAUAAUAGAGAAUAACUCAAUGUAAAGGCACUGGUGGAAAGAUAGGAGCUCCAUCAGGUUAAAAAGAAAAAGCAACAAUAACAACUUCACUGUGUGUGUUAGUGCUGCCACCUGGUGGUCUACAGCUGUAACUACACCUCAGUGAAGAUCAACCAGAAUAAAAUGGCACUUUAAAAAUACACCACAUCCACUGAUAAUUUUUUAUUUCCUGAGAUAAAAUGACACUUAAGUUUUUGCACACAUAUCUUGCCCUUUUUUUUAAAGUGCAGGAAGCCAAAUUAUCUGCACAUAUCUGUAAUAAUGCCUGUGAGCUGCAGAUCCAGACAAGAGGACGUAGAGGCAGCAAGAUGCACGAAGAAAUAACGUUUGCACAUAAACUCGUCAUGUAGAGGUUUAAAAGUGAUUGUAUAUGAACAGCUAUUUCCACUUAUUUACUGCAAUAAAAGUGCUUGCUAGUUUUUUAGUCUAGUUUUAUUAUUUAGAAAAUAUUAAAAGCAAACAAGCCUGAUAACCUUUUCUUUCUUUUCUUGGGACUUAACGAUAAGUUCAAUAACUAUAAAGAUGACAAGUUCUCCAUCUAUCAAAGCCCAAACUGCCUUAAAAAGAUAUCUAAUACUUGAGAGAGAUGACACCUUCUGAUUUAAAUAUUUAAACAAGGACAUUGAAGAAUAAAAGUGAGGUUUUCCUGCAUGUGUGAAACGCCAAAGCUGCCACAGAGGACACUGAAAUCAUGUCUUUUGUGUUUAUUUAUGGAAAUAUUUGAAUAACCUUUUAAGUUUUUGUUGUUAAAUUAUAAAUUACAGUCAUUUUUAAAGGCUGAUUCUGAUAUUCUUUACAUGUGACUGUCUUUAUGUUAAAAAAAUUGAAGUGAAAUUACAAUAUAAUGUUACUAACAGUGUGGAAACUUCAACAUAAUGACGAAAAAACACGAUUUGAACUGUUACAGGAAUAAAUAUAAAGUGAAUAUUUU